UGAAUUUUUGUUCCAAACAGACCGUCUCAGGUUCCAAUUCCAUCCGCCACCACUUCUCCCCUUCCCUUUCUUCUCAGUUUCUGUUGUUGGAAAUUCUGUUGAAAGUUUCAUCUCCGUUGCACCCUUCUUCUAUUAAUUUUCUUUCUGGGCUUAUAGCUCUGACAGGGUGAAGUUGAACCUUGGUGGUGUUGAAAAUGGCAACUGGAGCUGUUCCGGCUUCAUUUACAGGUCUCAAAAGCAGGGAUCAUCAGGGCAUCAGCUUUGCCAAAAGUUCUGAUUUUGUUAGAGUUUCUGACUUGCAAAGGGUUAAAUUUCGAAGAACAAAGAUUGCUGUGAUCAGGAAUUCUACCAACCCUGGUUCAGACACUGUUGAACUUGAGCCUGCAUCCGAUGGAAGCCCGCUAUUAGUUCCUAGACAGAAAUACUGUGAAUCCAUACACAAAACUAUCAGGAGAAAAACCAGCACAGUGAUGGUCGGCAAUGUUGCUCUUGGUAGUGAGCAUCCCAUCAGAAUUCAAACAAUGACCACAACAGAUACGAAGGAUGUAGCUGCUACGGUUGAACAGGUGAUGAGAAUAGCAGACCAAGGAGCAGAUAUUGUCAGAAUAACUGUACAAGGAAAGAAAGAAGCAGAUGCAUGCUUCGAAAUUAAAAAUUCUCUUGUUCAGAAGAACUAUAAUAUCCCGCUGGUUGCCGACAUUCAUUUCGCCCCAGCAGUUGCACUGCGAGUAGCUGAAUGCUUUGACAAAAUUCGUGUUAACCCAGGAAAUUUUGCUGACAGGAGAGCUCAGUUUGAGACACUGGAGUACACAGAAGAAGAUUAUCAAAAAGAACUUGAGCAUAUUGAGAAGGUUUUCACUCCACUGGUUGAAAAAUGCAAAAAGUAUGGGAGAGCAAUGCGCAUUGGGACAAACCAUGGUAGCCUUUCAGAUCGCAUUAUGAGCUAUUAUGGGGAUUCACCCAGGGGAAUGGUUGAAUCUGCAUUUGAGUAUGCAAGGAUUUGUCGGAAGCUGGACUUCCAUAAUUUUGUAUUUUCAAUGAAAGCAAGCAAUCCCGUGGUCAUGGUCCAGGCAUACCGCCUUCUUGUAGCUGAAAUGAAUGUUCUAGGAUGGGAUUACCCAUUACACUUGGGAGUAACUGAAGCUGGUGAGGGUGAAGAUGGACGCAUGAAAUCUGCGAUAGGUAUUGGGACACUUCUUAUGGAUGGUCUGGGGGAUACCAUUCGUGUUUCACUAACUGAACCUCCAGAAGAGGAGAUUGAUCCCUGUCGAAGAUUGGCAAACCUUGGUAUGAGAGCGGCUGAGCUUCAGAAAGGAGUGGCACCAUUUGAAGAAAAGAACAGACGCUAUUUUGAUUUCCAGCGUAGAAGUGGUCAAUUGCCAUUUCAAAAGGAGGGUGAUGAAGUUGACUAUCGAGGUGUACUUCAUCGUGAUGGCUCAGUUUUGAUGUCAGUUUCUCUGGAUCAGUUGAAGGCACCCGAACUUCUAUACAAGUCUCUAGCAGCAAAACUUAUCGUUGGAAUGCCAUUUAAGGAUCUGGCAACUGUUGACUCGAUCUUGUUGAGAGAGCUUCCACCAGAAGAUGAUAAAGAUGCCCGGCUAGCUCUCAAACGUUUGAUAGACAUUAGUAUGGGAGUUAUAACUCCUUUGUCUGAGCAGUUGACAAAGCCAUUACCCAAUGCCCUGGUUAUGGUAACUCUCAAAGAAUUGUCUACUGGUGCUCACAAGCUUCUCCCUGAAGGUACACGUUUGGUAGUCUCUGUACAUGGUGAUGAACCUGAAGAUGAGCUAGAAAUUUUGAAGAGUACUGAUGCGACAAUGAUUCUUCAUGACCUACCAUAUACAGAAGAGAAAACUAGCAGAGUUCAUGCUGCAAGGAGGCUUUUUGAGUAUCUUGCAGAGAACUCCUUGAACUUUCCAGUAAUUCAUCAUAUACAAUUCCCUAAAGACACUCACAGGGACGAUUUAGUCAUUGGUGCCGGGACCAAUGCAGGAGCCCUUCUGGUAGAUGGACUUGGAGACGGUAUCCUACUGGAAGCCCCUGAUCAGGACUUUGAGUUCCUCAGAAAUACGUCUUUCAAUUUGCUACAAGGCUGCAGAAUGAGGAAUACAAAGACCGAAUAUGUAUCAUGCCCAUCGUGUGGAAGAACUUUAUUUGAUCUCCAAGAGAUCAGCGCACAAAUAAGAGAAAAGACGUCUCAUCUGCCUGGUGUUUCGAUUGCCAUCAUGGGUUGCAUCGUGAAUGGCCCUGGAGAAAUGGCUGAUGCAGAUUUUGGUUACGUUGGUGGUGCUCCUGGAAAGAUCGACCUUUAUGUUGGCAAGACGGUGGUGAAAAGAGCCAUCGACAUGGAACAUGCAACGGAGGCAUUGAUCCAGCUGAUCAAAGACCACGGCCGAUGGGUGGAUCCACCUGCAGAAGAGUAAGAACAAGUGGAAAAAGGAAAAGGGAAAGAAAAGUUAGGAAAAUGCACUAUUGUUGUAUUUCUUGAGAAGAUUUCUGGAGUGAAAACAACACAGUUAAAUACAAGGAAACUGCAUCAUGCAAAUCUGCAGUGUGCCCAAUGUGUUUAGUUUCAUUUUUCAUGUAUAAUUAGCAUUGUAGUUAUACUGGAGUAGUUUCUAAAAGAAUUCCCAGUUGAAUUUAUAAAGAUUACAAACUCGGAAAUUGCACUGAAAUAAUAUUUUGAUAUUGAAAAUGACUUGCAAA